GACGAUAGCCCAAUGAAAUCCGUCAAAGACAAACUCAGUAUAGUAUUGGCAUCCGCUGCGGACAGACGUGCCAAUGCCGCCGACGCAUCGCACCAGAGUUAAAUUAAAGUAAUCACAUAUUCGUUCAAAAUAAUAAAAAAAAACAAAUGGGAUAAAGAAAUCGUCAAAGACUUUUCUGAACUUUUCAAAUUUAAUCUGUGGUUUUUAAAGACACUUGGAAUUUACGUGUGAUAUUAGUAUUAAGUUAGUUUUUUUUAGUGUUGUGACUUUUUGUGUUUGAAAUGGAAGAACGCGGAGAUAUCAAGGAGCGGGUACAGAGGGCGCCCUUCGAGACCGCGCUGCAUCACGCCGGCUACGGCCUCUUCCAAUGGCUACUGCUAAUGGCGUGCGGCGCGGUGUACGCCGUCUGCGCGCUGAGCACGACCACGCUCAGCUUCGUGCUGCCGGCCGCCACCAACGACUUUAACCUCACCUCCAGCAACAAGGGCAGCCUCACUGCCACGCCACUCAUCGGAAUGUGUGUGGGCUCCUACUUCUGGGGCAACCUGGCGGAUGCCCGGGGCCGCAAGAAGGCUAUUAUCGGAGCCCUGCUGCUUGACGCGUUAGCUGCGUUCCUCUCCAGCGUCAUGCAGUCCUUUUCUGCCUUCCUGGCUUUCAGGUUCUUCUCAGGGUUCGGUAUAAUCGGGGCCACCGGCCUCAUCUUCCCGUACUUCGGGGACUUCCUCUCCCUCAGGCAUCGCGACAAGAUGCUGUGUCGACUGGAGGUGUUCUGGACUAUCGGGACGAUUUUACUGCCUGGCAUAGCCUACGGCAUAAUCCCGGGCGACUUGUUCAACUUCACAUCAGAAGAAGCAGACUUCCAGUACACGUCGUGGCGGGUGUUCGUGGCAGCGUGCGGGAUCCCCAGUCUGCUGGUGGUGCUGCUGUUGUUCCCGUUCCCGGAGAGCCCCCGCUACCUGUUACACGCGAACAGACCUGAGGCAGCGCUGGCCGCGUUGCAGAAGAUCUUCGUCGUCAACACGAGGCUUAAUGAAAAGGAUUUCCCUGUGGAGUCCAUGAUAAGCACAGGCGAUGGCGAAGAAGAGGAAGUGGUGUCGGCAGACAACAACGGGAACGAGACCAAGACUCCGCUCACGUGGAAGAAGCGCUGGGAGGCGUUCUGGAUCAGGAAGAAGAUGCUCGUCAACCCGCCGUUUAUCGGCUAUCUCGCGUUGUGCUGCUUCGUCGAUUUUGGUCUUAUGUUCAGUUACUACACCCUGAUGAUGUGGUUCCCGGAGCUGUUCGAGCGCUACAGCCAGUUCAGCGCCAUCCGCAGCGGCGACGAGACCGCCAGCGUCUGCGAGGUCUCCUACAAGGUGGCGCAGAACCUCGGCAACAUCACCACUGACAUGUCGCUGCCGCCGGCGAUAGACGACCAGGUGUACAUCCACACGCUGGUGGUGGCGCUCAGCUGCCUGCCCACCGCGCUGGGGGUCGGCAUCACCAUCAACGUGGUGGGCAAGAAGCUCAUGUUAGUGAUGAUGCUGAUCAGCUCGGGGCUGGCCGCGCUGGGCCUGAACCUGGUGCGCUCGGCGCUGCAGAACCUGGUGCUGUCGUGUGUGUUCGAGGCCAUCGUCAGCUGCACCGAGGCUGUCCUCUUCUGCGUCAUCUGCGAGAUCUUCCCCACUAAAGUUGCCGCGACGGCGAUGGCGGUGACGGUGAUGUGCGGGCGCGUGGGCGCGAUCGCGGGCAACGUGGUGUUCGGUGCGCUCGUCGACCGCCACUGCGUGGUCCCCAUCUACAUGUUCGGCUUCCUGCUCAUCUCGAGCGGACUCCUGUGUAUAAUACUCCCGAAGAGCACGCGGCCAGAGCGGCCGCAGUGAAACGCAGCUAGUGUCAUUUUUAUAUGGUUAUCAAUAUUACAUUAAGUAUACGUAUA